AUGAAAAGUUUCCAUCGAAUGCAUGCGGAAGACAAGCCGCUUGGCAGCUUGUCCAGUGAGAGGCUGGUGACAUGGUGUCCGACGAUGGAUCUCGUUGCGUACGUGAACAACGAAAACAACAUCGUGAUUCACCGACUGUCGUGGUCGAAACUCACCAACCUCUCGGAACAUUCAGAGAAAGUUUCUGCACUCUGUUGGAGCCCUGAUGGUAAGAUGCUUGCUUCUGGUCAUGCCGACGGAAGAGUGAUGUUGUACGACGUGGAGAUGUGCGAGUCCGUGGCAAGCUUUCUUGCGCAUUCGCGGAGGAUUACUGCGUUGACCUGGACAGUGUGCAAAGGGAAGCGAACCUCCUCCUUGGUUCCAGACAGAACUACGAGAUUCUUGCCUGCUGAGUGCGGAGGGAUCGAAGACAACAAGACCUCCUCCAAUCCAAAGACGAGCAGCAGUGAAGGAUUUCUAGACCAGAAGUCUUGUGAGAUGACUGUUCUGCUCUCCGGCGACGAUUCUGGAGGUUUGAGCCUCCACGUCCUCGGGAAGUUCUGCAUAGGGAGCGUUCAGAUGCUGGUGCAAGGACAAGACCAGACGCGUCACGGGGUUGAGAUCAAGAGCAUGUCGGUCUCCGACGACCUCUCUCGCAUCUCAGUGGUGUGCUGCACCAACGGCCAACAUGCCGCUGAGAAGUUGGGAGAGGCCAAGAAGUUGAUCAUAGAGGAGCAUGGAGAGCGUGUGGAGGAGGGGAGUUUGUACAUGGUCGUCCUCAAUUCGGAUGUGCUGCAGCUCAAUUCAUCCCAGCUGCUUCAAGUCUCGUCCCAGGCUUGGAUCGUCGAGGGUUUUGUCUCCUCCCUCCACCAUUCACUCACGUCCAUCUGUCAGAGCUGGAAGCAAGCUUGGGAUCAGCUCUCCAAGAAGCUGCAGGACCUCUCGACCUGUCUGCAGCAGCACGACAGUUCAUCCAACGUGGAGAGCGAGCUCAUCACAACGAUCGUGUGUGGGAGUGCGUCGCCUGCUCUUCAAGCGUUCCUGGUCCAGCUGAAGGAGCAGGGAGUGCGCAGACUCGAGAAGGUGGUCGACACGGCUUGCGUCAACAUCCAGCAGGAGGCCGUGCAGAAGAUGAUCCCAGUGCUAGAGUCUCUGAUGUUCCGUGUCGGCGAGUUAAUGGGCCUGGCUAGGUGGGAGGAGAGGUUCCAGCAUAUCGGGCUGAGGGAGCAGGCGCUGGAGUCCCUAAUGAAGGAGAGCACGCAGUGUCUUCACAAGGUCUCGGAGCUUCUGACAGUCACGAGGAGAUUUCAGAAGGGAUACGGUCAGUUCUCGCAGUGGUUGGAGCGGAUGGCCUUCCGGCUGGUGAACCAGACGGGAUCGACGACCCUGUCCGGGGAAGAGACUCUCUCCAUCAGCCGGUUCGUAGAGCAUCACCUCACCCACAAUCAGAUCUCAGGGGUGCUGCAAGACAUCUCGACCUCAGUCAUCUCCUGCUUCGACGAGAAGCGCUGCGUCAACGACGAGGUCCUUAACGCCUUCAAGGCUGCUGGGCACUCAAGCUUGCGGCUCACCUUCAAAGUCCACCUGGAGAGGCUCAAGGACGCGGUCGAGUUCAGCUUCGGGGAGACGCAGCAGUGCAUAUCGUCUAAGAUUGCAGUGGACAACGUGAUCCGCCUCUCAGGGUUCACGGAUGACAAGAGAUGCCUCGCGCUGUCCUCUUCCUCUGGCUCCUCCGACAGCGACGAGCACGUCUUCCAGCUCAUCGCCAGCAAGCAGCAGCAGGAUGCUCCAGCUGCUCCCUCCCUCAGCCUCCUUCGCAUCGGUUGCAUACCCAGCAGGAAGCUCGUCAGCCUUUCCGUCGCCAGCCUCCAGCUCACAGACAUCUUCUCGGACACCAGCAUCUCUGACCUUCACUUCUACUCCCCCGACAAGGUCUGCCUCCUCGCUAUUGGCACAUCCAAAGCCGAGGAAGAUCUCCGUGCCAUCCUGUCUACCUUCGAGCUGGAGGAGGUGGCCUGGACCCCAGCUGAUGCCCUCUGGCGGACGAAAGCUGCCGACCUGGAAGGCUUCCCAUUCACCCAGCAGGAUGUUUGCGGGCUGCAGGCGCGGCAAAUCGGGGGAGUGUCAGCUACCAAGCUCGCGGUGAACGGAAAGAGGGGGAUUGCGAGCUUCCUGGUGGAGGAUCCCUGGAGGAUCGCCAUCUUCGACAUGGAAGAGGACGAGGACGAGGACGAGGAGGACGAGGACGGCGGGGGAGAGGAGGAUGCUAAGGACGCAGAUCCUUCAAUGUCGAUAGAGGAGGAGAGCAACGAGGUCUCCAUGGACGAGACUUAG